UAUGCUCGCGCAGUAAUGAUUUGCAUCGUGACUCAAUAUUUUAAUUUCAAUAGAAUUCUUCUACUCUUAGUUGGCUUAUGGCCCUAUCAGCGAACAAAACUUGUUUGUUUUCAAAUAAUCUUGUUUUUUAUCAUUUUGACAAGUUUUAUUAUAUUCCAGUUCACAGCGUUUAUAACUACUGAGUGCACACCUGAGUUCAUUAUCAAGGUUUUUUCUACCGCAAUAUUUUUUAGUGUUUGUGUGAUUAAAUACAAUUGUUUUUGGUUGAACGCGCAUAAUAUAAAAUAUUUAUUGGAGCAACUUCAAGAUACUUGUAACUACUUGAAAGAUGAAAACGAAACUGCUAUUAUGGAAAAAUAUGGAAAUAUAGCAAAAUAUUUCACAAUUAUAUCAAUUGUUAUGAGUGGUGUAUUUGUUGCCAUUUUGUUGCCAAUCAUUUUACGGUCACAGAUUCUUAACACUGACUUGCAUAUAAACGAGUCACGACAAACAGUGCAAUUCGUGACUGAGUAUUUUGUUGAUCAAGAAAAAUAUUUUUACUUAAUCUCAUUGCAUCAAAACGCAGCUAUUUGUAUUGGAGCGACUACACUGACAGGGACAGGAACAAUGAUUGUAGGAUUUGUUAUAUGUGCAUGUGGAAUGUUCAAAAUUACAAGUUAUCGCGUGGAGCAAGCAAUGACCACUAAAAUACUCGAAAAUAUUAAUUUGGAAAAUCAGAGUAUGUUUUAUAAAGAAAUAAUUGAUGCUGUCAAAAUCCAUCGCAAGGCUAUAAAGUUUUGUGAAUUUGCAUCGUCUACUUUUAAAAAUACUUUCAUUUUAUUAAUAAUAGCUGGUGUGAUUUCUUUAAGUCUGAAUAUUUAUGAAAUUUUCCAAAAUAUAUUGAAUGGAGAUAAAGAAGCAUUUUUAUUAUACUUGCUAUUGACAUUUACUGUCCUUUUAUAUAUGUUCAUAGCAAACUAUGGCGGACAACAAGUUAUAAAUCACGACAAUCACGUAUAUUCCACAGCGUACAAUAAUCAGUGGUAUAAUGCACCGUUAUAUGCACAGAAGCUGACACUUUUUAUACUGCUACAGGGCAGCAAAACUUGCAACCUCAAUAUCGGUGGAUUGAUUGUGGCAUCCUUAGAAUGUUUUGCCACGCUAACAAAAGCAUCAAUGUCCUACUUCACCGUUAUAUAUUCUAUGCAGUUUUAA